AUGAGGAGCGGCUCAGCUCUAAUAGACGGCCUGCAGCGACUACUUCUUCGGCUGCUGCGGGCCGCGGAGCUGGACUGCGGCCCGCUGCACCGGCUGCUGCUCCCCGGCAUGAUCACGGAUCAGGUGCCCACGGCGAUGGAGCUGCUGUCGAUGGGUGGCGAGUACCGACAGCUGGGCGUCGACAUGCUGCUGCGGCUGCGGGCGGACUCGAUGGUCGUGCGGGUGCUUCUCACGGAGCGGAGGCCGCUGGACGCCGUGAGGUACAUCUACGCCGCGAGCCAGCGCCCGCAGACCUCGGGCGAGCGGCUUCUCAGCCCGAGGGUGAUGAACGAUGUCCUGCAGUGCGCCCUGGAGGCGGUGCUGGACGAGGAGCGGCAGCGUGAGGGUGGCGGCGGCGGCGGCAGCCGGCGGAGGUCGUUGGAGUUUUUGACGGUGUUCGCGGCGUUCACAAACACCCUCCUGCAGCAACCCCCCGCGGAGCGGAGGCUGCCGUCGGACUACCACACCAUGCGGGCAAAGUACACGCAGCUGCUUGCGGAGGGGCAAGGCGGCUGA